GGGCAGAGACCACCAUGGGCCCUCGGAGCCGAGUCAGGGCGGCCAAAUGCCAGAUGCUGGUCACCAGCUUCUUCGUCUUGCUGCUGGGCCUCUUCGUGGCCACCACCGCGUUGCUCACCCGCUUCGGGGCCCACUUUGCCGUCGUCGGCCGUGCGUCUCCACAGGGGAGCCCCUACGAGGCCUUGCACCAUUGGGCCCUCUGUGCAGGGAUCAGCCUGGCCGUGCUCCUGACCCUGGGUGCUGUUCUGAGUGCCAUAGCCACUGUGAAGGAGGCGGAGGGCCUCAUGGCUGGGGGCUUCCUGUGCUUCGUGCUGGUGUUCUGUGCCCUGGUGCAGGUGGCCGUCUGGAGGUUCCACAACCCCAGCCAGGUGGAAGACGCCGUGUUGGACGUCUAUGACCUGGUGUAUGACCAGGCGGUGAAAGGCUACUCGGGCGCCCGGCGGCAGGAGCUGGUGGCCAUCCAGGACACGUUCCAGUGCUGUGGGAGGAGUGACCCUUCCGGCCCCCCGGGCGGUGGGCAGGCCGAGCCGUGUCACGGGGAGGAGGCCGCGAGACAGGACUGUCUGCAAGCCAUCAGGAGCUUCCUGAGGACACACAGACACAUCACGUCUGCCCUGACCGGCGCUGGCCUCGCGUUCAUGGUAUGCCCACGGCCCCUUCCCCACCUCCCUGCCCGCCCCGCCGAGUCCCCACCCCCGCUGGAAGGGCGAGGCCGGGCAGCCCUGGACGGAGCUCUGCACCGGGCUGACCCCGGGGAGCCAGCCUGGGCGGAGGGGGUUCCCGCCUUUCUCCCUUCCCCAGACGGCCGGGAACCUGGGGAGGCUGUGCCCCCCGCCCUAGAGCUGCUGGCGCAGGGGCUGCUGCUCCCCAGGUGUACGCCACGCUGCUCAUCCUUCCUCUGGUUCGCCAUCCGUGCCGGCCACGGCUUGCACCGCAAGGGCACAUACGCCCUGAGUCCACGGUAG